AUGCCCACAAAAUGGGCCACCGAGGCCGACUGGACCAAAUAUAGGGACACUAUAAUAAGCCUUUACCGCCAAAAGUCCCUUGCAGAAGUCAUGGAGCACAUGCAACAGGAACACCAAUUCCGAGCUACAGUGCGAAUGUAUAAAGGGCGACUGAAGGCAUGGUGUGUUGGCAAAUACACCAAGCGGAGCACCGACAAGAUACCUGCAAGCGAAGAUGACGCCACUGUGUUCCGAACCCCACGGCGACCAAUGCCUAGCGUGGAGCCAGCGCUUGGAGCACCGGGCUCCCAGCAGAAAGUGCUGGAUUGCCUGAAGAUUCUAGAGAAGUACAUCAAUGUGAACUCGGCUGGCAGGCGGUGGAAGGUGUCAACUACAUUCAUGGCCUCGCUCCAACAUAGCGACUGGUUGGCACAGAUUACCACAGUUACGAUAUUUUUCAAAGGGGGACGGUUACAGGAUGGGUUCCGACUACUAGGUAAUUGUUUCGAGGCCUGCAAAACAAACCUCAAGGCAGAAAGUCCCAUGCUCACCUCUGAAAUCUUCAUGGGUGCUUUUCAACUUUUCACCAUCAAUCCUAGCUUAGGAUGGUCAUUUUUGAAGUACAUUCGCGAUCUGAGCGGUAUCGUUCUGGAGAUGGCCCAUCCGCUGUUUCUACUACUAUCCAAGUAUUUGACCUUGGAUAAAGAAGCAUUUGCGAACUGUAGCGACGUAUUCUUGGGCUGUUUCCUCGACCUUAUGGCAAGAUGUGUCCCAGGCUGGGACGAGUCGCACCAUGGCGCACUAUUAUUGACAACCGGUCGGAUUUUCUUACUUAGUCUGAUCGGGUUCUCACAAUAUGAAGAGCUGACUCGGAAGUCUAAAAACAACGAAACCAUGCCCUUGUUAUCGGGUCAGCAGAUCCUACAAUAUCAAGGCGAGCUGCCACCUGCAGCCACGCGGUCAGAUACAUUGUCGCUGUAUUCCGUUUUCCCAGCACGAAUCAAGGUGGUCGAGAAAUGGGGAGCUAUUGCUUAUUUGUCAUUUGAUGUCCUCUGA